CUAACCAUUUAACCCACUCUGAGAAGGUGUGGCCUCAGUGGCGUGGUGAUGAUGUCACUGAGAGCCAGCUGUCAAUCAAAUCUGACUCAAAGAGCGUCUGGUACAAGACUGAACCAGGACUGAACCGGGACUAAACCAGAUGUGAAGUGAAGAUGAAGCACUCCUUGGGUCUGACUCUGGUUCUGCUCAGUGCUCUGCUGAGUCUAGGACAGUGCAUUCAGUGCUACAGUUGUCAGGAUUACACCGGCUCUUGCUCCAAAACCAAAGUCUGUUCUCAGGACGAUGCCUGUCUCACCCUCAAGGCCAGAGGAGGAGACACGUAUCGCUCCUGUAUGAAAUACGACAAGUGUGAAUUUGAUCAUCUGUCCAUUGUCUACUCUCAGAUCCCCAGCUUCACGUUUGACUGUUGCACCACAAACCUGUGUAACUCCGCCCCCGCUGCCUCAGCCAGCAUUCUGGUUGGUCUGCUCUGCUCGCUGCUUGCCAUGUGGUGGACCGCCCACUAAGGCCCAUAUAAGGAGAGCACAAAACCCCGCGUCCCUCUUCACUAAUUAAAAUAUAAUGAACUCAAUACUGGAUUAAACCUGGACUGAACCAAGACUGGACCAGGACUAAACCUGGCUCUUGGUUGGUUGUGCCAAUGAACCGCUUUGUCUGUGGAGGCCCAACUUUUGACAUGUUUAAACUGCUGCAGUUUUCAGAAUAAAUCCAGAUCUCAGUGUUAAGAAGAAACUUUGUUUAUGUAUCACUUUAUUAUAGUAAUAUAUAAGUUCAAGUUUUUAUAAUUUCAGUGUUAAGCAUUCUUCUCUUAGUUUAACAGAGAGAAGAAUGCUUAACAUGUUUGGAAACAAAGGGACAUUUCAAACCAUUUAUUUCUAAUUAUUCAAAGCAGAAAAAGCACUGAUAUUUUUAGGUUGUUUUUAGAUUAUAUUUUUGUUAUUCUAAAUGAUUGUUAUGAGCUUGAAUCCAAUUACUUUAAUGUGCAAUAUGAAAUAUUCAUAUUUCCUUGACUAACAGCUGAAUGAAAACCUGCGCUUCAGCCAAAUGUUUUUAUGUCUUUUGCUAAAUAAAUUUGACAAUAAAGAGAUUAAACCACUGGCA